CCCAUCAAAUUGCGUGCGUACGUUGGAGUGAAUGAAAAAGAAUCUAUGCUUUCCGUUUCAGUCACGAGCCGGCCACGCUUCCAUGCUUCAAUGAGACACGUGCAUGCGUGUGGCUCUCUAUACUAUACUCUCUUUAUGCUACCGGGCUCAUAAAUUCAUUCGCGUUUGCAUAAGAGUGGGGGAAGCAUAAUGAACUCGUCGUAUGCUGUUAUGGUUUCCCCCACCCAAAAAGGUUCAUUCGAACCAACCGAACACAGCACGAAGUGACGAUGAAAAGCAUUUCGGCUCUCUACCUCUCUCGCCGGUUCGAUGUGUUGUCCUGCAGCGAUCGCCCGCUGGGCGCGCCCUCCUUCCACUCACUCACCCGUCGAGAACCGCAGGCAAUCCAGAGCCCAGGGUUCAUCCUCUCUCACCCCGUCGAACAAUGCGGAAACAAAGCCCCGAUCCUGCCGCUCGCCCAACCACAGCCAACCGGGCGCAGUGGAACGAGCAUAGAGAGCAUAGAGGGUGAUAAAAAUCAUAAACAUUAACCGGCGGGAGUGGGGAUGGCACAUGCAUUGCAUGCGUUCGGCAUACGUCAUUAAAUCAGUCGGACGUCGUUUGUACACAUGACAAGUCACGUGUAGGCCUUCGGUCGCCGCGCAAAAACCGGAAAACACACAACAAAACAACACUUCUCGAAUAUAGGAAGAGAGGCGAAAGGCGCCCGGCGCGUGUCUACUAUACUCUAAGGUCUAAGGCAAAAGUUAAGGUGGUUGGUCACUUCAGAGGAAGAUUUCCGAAUUGCGUUUGUAGAACACCUGAUUCGAUUUGAAUAAUUUCCCGAUUGAAGUGAGAAGUGAUAGUGAUAGUCAACAAGUGAUAGUGAGUGGAAAUUAACUAAACUGCCAAAAAAUGGAUCAUCAUCUGCAUCACCAUCAUCAUCACAACACUCCGCUGCACUGGGGCUAUUCGACCGUCGGUGGUGGUGGCGGCGGCGUUGGUGCUGGACUAGUGCCGGUAGCCAGUUCCACCCCCAAUUCGACGACAGGUCAACAGCAGCAACAGCAGCAGCAGCAUAACAACAAUAACACGUGGACCCCACCAUCGUCCAAGGGUACCAAGCGGACGUUAUCUGAGUCGCUUUCGGAUGACGAUCUGUACUCGGAAGAGUCGUCUAAAGAACACACCUCACCUGGCGGAUCGGACAGCUGUCAACUGCUGAGUCGGAAGCGACGUCGCGGAGUCAUCGAGAAGAAACGGCGCGAUCGGAUCAACUCGUCCCUAUCGGAGCUGAAACGGUUGGUCCCCAGUGCGUACGAGAAGCAGGGCUCCGCCAAGCUGGAGAAAGCCGAAAUCCUCCAACUUACGGUGGAUCACCUGAAGCAACUGCAUGCACGAGGACUCGACGAUGCCAGCUACGAUCCGCAGCGUUUCGCCAUGGACUACCACAUCAUCGGCUUCCGGGAGUGCGUCGCCGAAGUGGCCCGCUAUCUAGUCUCCAUCGAGGGCAUGGACGUGCAAGAUCCCCUCCGGUUGCGGCUCAUGUCGCACCUGCAGUGUUUCCUCACGCAACGUGAACUCUCCUCCAAGGCCAAUGCCAGCCCCGCGUGGUCCCACAGCAGUUCGUAUCAAUCUGCGUACGCUCCACACUCCUCGUCCUACUACCACCAGAACUACGCGCCGCAAACUGCAUCCUCCUCAGCGCCGUACAUUCCACAGGUCGCCACCAUCCCGACACACGACCAAACGGCCCAUCAGGUGCCGCCGCACACGCUUCACGCGUCAGCCUACGCAACAAGUGCCACCGCCAGCGCACACGACCUGUACGCGAGUCAACACGACGCCACUUCCGGCAACCCACAAUCGCAGCAACAGCAGCAGCAGCAGCAAUCCCAAUCCGCCGACCAAAGCGACCCCACCUACACCGACAUCUCAAACCUGCGAGGUGGCUACGGAAACGCAGCUGGGUACUCCGUAAGCACCUCCACCCACGGCUACAGCUCCACCUCCAACAGCUACAACAACAACUCGUCGAAACCCUACCGACCUUGGGGCGCUGAAAUGGCUUGCUAGGGGGCAAGAAAAAAAUUUCCCAUACCGGGAAUCGAACCCGGGCCUUCUGGGUGAAAGCCAGAUAUCCUAGCCACUAGACCAUAUGGGAUAUACAUCAGCUGGUCUACCAAGUCAUUUCACACCGCAACCGCUUUAAUCGUACCAAAGUGAUAGAUUUCAUUCGAUUUCCUAUUGAAACAAUAACACACCAGUAUAAUAUACCAUCUCCUUUUACAUGUGUACAGUGAUAGUGAUAAGAUAGUGGACUGACAAGUGCAGACAAGACAAUCGCCAAAGAAGUCAAAACGGUUUUGAUACAAUUUAUACACAAACAUUCUUUUGCCUUUCCCAUUCAAAGGGGAUGUGAGCUUUAAAUACCUGUAAAUAUCAACACAGACGUGUAUUAGCGGGUAUACUCUCGCAGAAACAGAUUUCCCCCUCUCUUUCGUGUGGUUUUCCACACCCAACACCGCCGCCGGUGGUUAUUUAUUUUUAGAACACCAUGCAGAUCUUUUGUACUUUUAAACAUUCAUACCAAAACCGAACGAAACACCACCAGAGAUGAGAGAAGACACAUUGCCUUCGUCGUCGAUGGAUGGAUGAUAGACAUAGGUACCUAGCUUUAAGGCCGGAACUAAUCGAGUCAAUUAGAUGAGUAAGUGCGUCGUGUGUGCUGAAAGGAACAGGAGGGAUAUUUUCCCUCCUCAAGCUUUAUUCCUUAGAGAGAGUUUUAAAUUUAAUUCUACCUGGUAGGUUGGUAGCUAUUUAUAGCAGAUUGCAAGAAAAAUUUUAAUGAACCAACGAAAUCGGUGUUGUGAUUUCUCCUCGAGGAGCUUUUGCGAAAAGAGUUUUUUUGCUAUACUAUAUUUGUACAUGCACAUAGGAUUUUUUAUGAGAAUUUUACUGAAAGUGAAUUACCAAAACAAUAAAUUUAU